UGGCCACCUUAUAGCCCGGAUAUAAACCCGAUUAAACACAAGGUCUACGAGCUCGCACCGCACAUCGACAACAUUAUAAACAAGGACAGACAAAAGGAGGUUUUAGCUAACGUUCUGCCACGCGCGUGGAAGCUCAUUUCACGCGAUAUCAUCGAGGAAGUGAUUAGUUCAAUGCCAAGGAGGGUUAAGGCAUUAAUCGCUGCACAGGGCUAG